CUGCAAAGGCCCCUUUCCCUGGGGACCCCACAGAAAGCAGCGGGUUUCUCCUCCUCCUCUUCGCAGGGUGAUGCUGGGAACCCACUGGUCUGCAACAACAAAGCCUACGGCAUCUUCUCCUACCGGUACCACAACUGGCCGGGGUUCUACACACACAUCGCUCCCUUCCUGCCCUGGAUCAACAGCGUCAUGAAGUCGUCGUGA